UUUACACGGCUCCCCAAAUCUUAAUUUCUUCCAAACACCAAAAACCACUCUUCUCAAUCUCUUCCCUCUUUUCAUCGAUCUCUCAAUCCUUGAUCUCGACGAGCAGUUUGUUUUUGAAGGACUUAAUCUGCAAAAAUGCCUCUCAGACUUGAAAUCAAGAGGAAACUUGCUCAAAGAUCAGAAAGAGUAAAAUCUGUAGAUCUCCAUCCAACAGAACCAUGGAUUCUGGCAAGUUUAUAUUCAGGAACUGUGUGCAUCUGGAAUUACCAAUCCCAGACCAUGGCUAAGUCGUUCGAGGUAACCGAGUUACCAGUUAGGUCUGCAAAGUUUGUAGCACGCAAACAGUGGGUCGUUGCUGGAGCUGAUGAUAUGUUUAUUCGUGUAUACAACUACAAUACAAUGGAUAAGAUUAAAGUAUUUGAGGCACACACGGAUUACAUUAGAUGUGUGGCAGUCCAUCCCACUCUUCCUUAUGUGCUAUCUUCAUCUGAUGAUAUGCUCAUAAAGCUUUGGGAUUGGGAGAAGGGUUGGGCGUGUACUCAGAUAUUUGAGGGACAUUCACACUAUGUAAUGCAAGUCACUUUUAACCCAAAGGACACAAAUACUUUUGCUAGCGCAUCUCUUGACCGUACCAUUAAGAUUUGGAAUCUUGGCUCCCCCGACCCAAAUUUCACUUUGGAUGCCCAUCAGAAAGGGGUGAACUGCGUUGAUUAUUUUACAGGUGGUGACAAGCCUUAUUUAAUAACUGGUUCUGAUGAUCACACUGCUAAGGUGUGGGACUAUCAAACCAAAAGUUGUGUUCAGACACUGGAAGGUCAUACUCACAAUGUUUCUGCAGUUUGUUUCCAUCCUGAACUUCCUAUAAUAAUUACUGGUUCUGAGGAUGGCACUGUUCGCAUUUGGCAUGCUACCACUUAUAGGCUUGAAAAUACGUUGAACUAUGGUCUUGAGAGAGUUUGGGCUAUUGGACAUAUGAAAGGUUCUCGGAGGAUUGUUAUUGGGUAUGAUGAAGGUACCAUUAUGGUGAAAAUUGGUCGUGAAGUGCCUGUAGCUAGUAUGGAUAACAGUGGAAAGAUUAUAUGGGCUAAGCACAAUGAAAUUCAAACUGUGAACAUUAAGAGUGUUGGAGCAGAUUUUGAGGUCACAGAUGGAGAAAGAUUACCUUUGGCUGUUAAGGAGUUGGGAACCUGUGAUCUUUACCCACAGAGCCUAAGGCAUAAUCCCAACGGGAGGUUUGUUGUUGUAUGUGGAGAUGGUGAGUACAUUAUAUAUACAGCUUUGGCUUGGAGAAAUAGGUCAUUUGGCUCAGCGUUGGAAUUUGUUUGGUCAUCCGAUGGAGAAUAUGCUGUUAGAGAAAGCACAUCAAAGAUCAAGAUUUUCAGCAAAAAUUUUCAGGAAAAGAAGAGUGUUCGGCCAACCUUCUCUGCUGAACGAAUUUAUGGGGGGACUUUACUGGCAAUGUGUUCAAACGAUUUCAUCUGUUUUUAUGAUUGGGCUGAGUGCAGGUUGAUUCGACGAAUUGAUGUCACAGUUAAAAAUCUCUACUGGGCUGAUAGUGGUGACUUAGUUGCAAUUGCCAGUGAUACAUCAUUCUACAUCCUAAAGUACAAUCGGGAGGUUGUUCAGUCUUACUUAGAUAGUGGAAGACCAGUGGAUGAACAAGGAGUAGAGGAUGCAUUUGAGCUUCUUCAUGAAACUAAUGAGCGUGUUAGGACUGGUAUAUGGGUUGGGGAUUGUUUUAUUUACAACAACUCUUCAUGGAGACUUAAUUACUGUGUUGGUGGAGAGGUGACAACUAUGUAUCACUUGGACCGUCCUAUGUACUUGUUGGGGUAUCUUGCCAGUCAAAGUCGGGUGUAUCUGAUUGACAAAGAGUUUAAUGUUAUGGGAUACACAUUGCUUCUCAGCUUGAUUGAGUACAAGACUCUUGUGAUGCGUGGAGACUAUGAGAAGGCCAAUGAAAUCUUACCUACAAUUCCUAAAGAGCACCACAAUAGUGUGGCUCAUUUCUUGGAAUCACGAGGUAUGAUAGAGGAUGCUCUAGAAGUUGCUACAGAUCCUGAUUACAGAUUUGAACUAGCCAUUCAGCUUGGCAAAUUAGAUGUUGCAAAGGAUAUUGCUAUAGAAGUUCAGAGUGAGUCAAAAUGGAAACAGUUAGGAGAAUUAGCUAUGUCAACUGGAAAGCUUGAAAUGGCUGAAGAAUGUAUGACACAUGCAAUGGACUUGAGUGGUUUAUUAUUGCUAUAUUCUUCUUUGGGAGAUGCUGAAGGGAUAUCAAAACUUGCAACUCUUUCAAAAGAACAAGGAAAGAAUAAUGUUGCAUUCCUGUGUUUGUUCAUGUUGGGUAAAUUGGAGGACUGCCUUCAGCUUUUGGUUGAAAGCAAUCGAAUUCCAGAGGCUGCUCUGAUGGCACGCUCUUACCUUCCAAGCAAGGUUUCAGAAAUAAUGGCUAUUUGGAGAAAAGACCUGAGCAAGGUCAAUCCAAAAGCUGCUGAUUCAUUGGCCGAUCCUGAAGAGUAUCCUAACUUGUUUGAGGAUUGGCAACUUGGUCUUUCUGUAGAAUCUAAAGUUGCAGAGACAAGAAGCAGUUAUCCUCCUGCAGAGUACUAUGUGAACCAAGUUGAUAGAUCACGCAUGACACUUGUGGAGGCUUUCAGAAAUAUGCAAAUAGAGGAUGAGGAACCCCUUGAAAAUGGAGAUCUUGAUCAUGAGGAGACGGAACAAAAUGGACACAACCAGGAUGCAGAGGAGCAAAAUGGAGAAGAAGGGAGCCAAGAGGAAGCUGUUGUCGUGGAUGCUGAUUCAACAGAUGGUGCGGUACUCGUUAAUGGUAACGAGGCUGACGAAGAGUGGGUGCUUGCGCCACAUCAGUAGGUUCUUUCAAGACAUUCAGUUCGAGCAGCAUUCAAGGCAUACUUAAGGUGAGGAAAGGAUGGUUAAAUGCAUUUGGUAAAGGGGAUCAAAGACAUUGAAGUUUUAAAUGGAGCAGAAGUUCACAGAUAUCCUUUCCCAUUUCGAGGUCUUUGAAGUUGUGCAUGAGAAUGCCUUGCCUAGUUUUCUAAGAAACAGCUAAACAUUCCCAUGUAGUGUAACCAGGAUCCAAUUAGGAUGAAAAAUAAACUGCUAGAUUCUGCCAUGCCAGAAUUGAAAAGGAAGGUUAUAGUUAGUAUUUGGUUCUUGAAAUAAUUUAGAUAGGUUCACAUCAAAUAAUAUCUGAUACUGGCUUCAUUUUUUAAUAUAGUGAAUUUUUGACUUCCAGGUUUUGUGUUGGAGAUUAGGAAGAUCUGACCGUAAGGACUGUUUGUCUCUCUUACCUGGUGACAUGGCUCUGUAGCACAUUGAAUUUUGGCAUGGGGCAUAUACAAGAAAGUAAAUUAACUCAGUAAUGGUUUUAAUUGCCUUUCUUUAAGUUUUACCAUAUUCUUUUGAGGCCUUUUUUGUCCAACAAAUUUUUCUUUGUGCCACCGUGAAUGUAGGAAGAAUCGGGAACUAGUAAUGAUUACACAACUUCGCCCUCUCUUUUAAUUCUUAGAUAUUAUGUUCCCCUUGAUUCUUCUGGUUGGGUUGUGGGAAUUUUCUUUAUGUGAAAAUUGUAUUGUAAACGUAUCUACUUUAGGCAUAUGAUAGAUUCCUUUAAUGGACUCCUACUUUUCCAAUGGUUUGGUAACUCUGUCCUCCGCAAAAUGAUAGUAUAUGUGUUUGCUGAAUGGCCAUGGACGUUUCUGUACCCAAUUUAUAGGGUCACUUUUCUGAUGUUACUGAAUCAUUUUCUGAUUCAAGGCGCACUAUGACAUGGUUG